AUGGACUAUAACUUGACUGUAGAAAGCAAGCCAAGGAAGACUUACAUCGCUAUUUUUGCUGCUUUGGCAAUAAUCGGUGUUGUUGCAACUGUUUCUUUCUAUCCAAGAACUCCAAACACUGCAGCUUUAACCCAACUUCAGAUUGAUGAACAAGAGUUCAUUGAUUAUAUUUCAAAAUACAGCAAGCAAUACUCAGAAGAAGAAUACGCCCGCAGAUUCAAAAUUUUCAGAGACAACUCAGCCUAUAUCCGCGUUUUCAACACCCAAGGCAAAACUUGGUUCCUAGGAGUUAACGAAUUCGCUGAUAUGACUUUUGCAGAGUUCAAAUCAAUUUAUACCCCUCACCAAUAUGUCCAGACUGACGAAUCUGAAAAUGUUCACAUUUUCGAAAAUCAAGCAGUCCCAACACAAGUUGAUUGGACUCUCAAAGGAGCUGUAACUCCAGUUAAAAACCAAGGACAAUGUGGAUCUUGCUGGUCAUUCGCUACAACUGGCCCUUGUGAGAGCGCUUGGUUUCUUGCAGGACAUACCUUGACAUCUUUUUCAGAACAGCAGCUUGUAGACUGUUCAAUAUACAUAAAAUGGCCGGAGACGAGCGACCAGUCCCUUCGUGGCGGGUGUCCUUAUGUAUACCGGACGUGGUUUUUGGAUGCGAGAGCUACUCAAUGGAAGAGUUAGCCUCGAGGCGAGAGGCCCAGCCCAAUUUCCGCUGAUUUUGGGACUUGACCCGGGCAGCAGUUUUUCGCAUUCUUUUUGCCAGUAGCGCCGAGGCCCAGACUCGGUGUCCGAAAGAGGCAGGGUGAGUUACCUGCCUAGGCUACUUGGUGGCUUAGCCCUGAAUCCCGUAAGGGGUUGAGUUCUUUCUUGGAGAUGAUCCGGGAAAGAGGGGAGGCGAAGCUAGACUAGAAUUCAAGGGCGCAAGUCUCUCCAGUUAAAAGGGUCCUCACACGAGGGCGAUCUGGCCAACCGGAGGCAAAGACUGGCGUAAUUCGGGGCUGAAGGCUGAGUUGGAAAUGGUGGUGCCCAGCGACAGUCGGCUGACGACUCAAUAGGGCAGCCCACUACCGAGAAACGAGGGGUUUCGGCCCGGGCUCAGAGAACCAGUGAUGGAAGUCCAUCCUUUUCGCUCGUGCCAGCACGGGUCCCCAAGGAGCGCGGAGGAAUGCCACGCAUGGAAGUAGGGACUAUAAAUACACAGCAUAUCUAAUCUAAUCUAAUCUAAUCUAAUCUUGUAGACUGUUCAUCAAGUUAUGGAAAUGAUGGAUGUGGCGGUGGCACCAUGAUUGGUGCUAUGAAAUACGUUAUUGCUAACGAUGGAAUUACUACUGAAGCAAAUUAUACUAUAUUAGCUAUUUUUUAUUAUUUUUGUUAUUUUUGUUAAAAAUAGCAUAUAUUUUUAAUAAAAUACCCAUUUUGGUGAUAAAUUUUAUUUAAUUUAGCAGAAUAUAUAAUUACACAGGAGUAACUGGAACCUGCAAUAAAGCUAAAGCAAAAACCAUUGCUGCCUCAUUUUCUGGAUACAAAGUUGUAGCUGCUGAUAACAUUGACCAAAUGUACAUUGCUGUAGCCCAACAGCCUGUAAGAGUUGAAGUUGAAGCUGACCAAGCUGCUUGGCAAAUGUAUAAAGGAGGAAUCGUUAGCAGUGACUGUGGAACUGCUCAUGACCACGAAGUCACAGUUGUAGGAUACAACCAAAUUAAUAGCCCACCUUAUUGGAAAUGCAAGAACUCUUGGGGACCUGCUUGGGGUGAAGCUGGAUACAUCAGAAUUGCUGUUGUAGCUGGAAAAGGAAUUUGUGGAAUUCAAAUGCAGCCAGUUUAUCCAAUCGUCUAA